AUGGCACCAGUAAGGAGGAAAAAGGCUACCGAGACGGCCAGUGAGCCCGAGAAACUCACCAUAGAGAGAGUAAAGGAACUCCAUAAUCAGAUCAGGGAGUCUCCGAAAUAUUUCAACAAUAUUGCAAUAUUGAUAGAUGAGUACAAAGCUCUUCUCAAAGAGUUUGGAACUGAUACAAACGAAGACCUCAACAUAUUGACAAGGUUCGUUUCCUUGACCUUACUGAAAGUGUUUGAUCAUAUAAUUACCACAAAGCAGCUGAAGCUAACCAGUUUUGAGAACGAACAAAAAGAAACCGUGAGAAAGUGGCUAAAGAGCAAAUACGAUGAUUUUAAGCUCUGUUUGGUUGAGACAUGGAAAAUUGACAUCGACAACGAGGGUGUGUAUGCUUUGAAAAUGGACAAUUUGGAUUCGCUCAUGAAGUUCGUCAAGAUCGAAAGUAAGCACUUCAGCUCCAACAAAGACGAACCAUUUUUCUCAAAUCGUACUUAUAAACUUGUCCUUCAGCAUCUGCUAAUUACGGGAAACUUGUCUCAAAUGCUAGCCCACGAUGCAACUAUUGACAAUUUCUUGAUCUUGGAAUUUAGAGAGUCCUAUUUCAACAAAUACUGGGACCUUCGAUAUUUCUUUUUCAGUGAACUGAGAUCAAUCUUAGAAACAGAGCUAGACCCAGAUACGCAGCAGCUGAUAGUAUCCAACGUGAUUACGGUCAUCAAACCACAACCACUAUACGAUUUGAAGAACCCAGAGCUAACAAUGUACGUUGAUAACCCACCCAAGACAGUUUCCAACAUGCGCCAAUUUAGAUCUACAUUCGAGAAAUGCAUUCUCAAACUAAUCAACUUGAAAUUGCUACCAGAACAAUACAAGGCAUUUUUGUUAAUCCUACAUAAGCGAAUCAUUCCAUUUUUCAACAAUCCUACCAAGUUGAUGGACUUUUUGACCGACUCAUACAACCUUGGAUUCAAUGUCAAGGAUAUCAGUUUAUCCAUCCUGUCGCUCAAUGGUCUAUGGGAACUAAUGAGGCAAUACAACUUGGAAUAUCCCGACUUCUACACCAAACUGUAUGCAAUUCUGACUCCCGAACUCCUGCAUCUCAGCUACAGGUCACGUUUCUUCCGACUAUUGGACAUUUUCAUGAGUUCAACGCACAUUUCGUCGGCUAUCGUGGCAUCAUUUAUCAAACGGCUCGGACGACUAUGUUUGACCGCUCCGCCAUCCGGAAUCGUCUGUGUGAUCCCGUUUGUGUACAAUUUGCUCAAAAGACACCCAACAUGUAUGCUCUUGAUCCACUGCACAGAACGCGAGACAGCGGACCAGUUUGACGACAAAGAGCGGGAUCCAGCCAAGACAAACGCACUAGAAUCAUCUGCAUGGGAGCUCGAGGCCGUCAUUCAUCACUAUCACCCCAAUGUCGGUUCCCUGGCUAAAAUUUUCACACAGCCGUUCAAUAAAUACAGCUACAAUAUGGAAGAUUUUCUCGAUUGGAGUUAUUCGAAGCUGGUGGAUAACGAGCUUAAUAAAAGAUUCAAGGGAGAACUGGCGGUGGAAUUGGAAAGUUGGGAUUCCUUGCUUGGAGAAGAAGGAUACCUGAAAGAGUAUGUAUAUUAA